AUGAAAAACAAAUAAAAACUCAUUAAAUUUGAACAAAAAAUCCAAUCAUAAUCUCUUAAGAUUGAAAUUGAUAAUUAGAUAAAGAAUUCAGAGUAGUUAUAAACAUUAAAAAUAAUUUCUUAAAAUAAUGAAGAAUUGAUGCCAUAAAAGAAUAAAUUAAUUAAAUCUGAAUUAGAACCAAUUGGAUUAUUGAAUUUAAGUUUAGAAAAAUCUAUAAAUAUUUAAAUUAUUAAAUCUUGGAUAGAGAUUUAUUUAGGAUUAGAAGUCAAAAUACUUAAUUUAUAAUUAGCAUUAUAUUAUGAAAAGAAUGAUUUUUACAUUUAUGAUAUAGAUCAUAAUCAAACCUAUAAAUUAGAAAAAGAUGAUAAAGAUAUUAUAAAUGUGUUUAGUAUUUUCAAAGUUAUGACUCGUGUAAAACCAAAAAAUAUUUAAUCUUUUAUUGUAAUUGUUGAUUAAGAUAUUUAUGAUCCAUAUUAACCAGAUGCAAAUAUUUUAGGAAGAGCAGGAAAUCAAAAAGUAUGUGUUGUUUAAGUUUAAACAGAACUAAAUGAUUUUUAUAGUACUAUAGUUCAUGAAUUAUUACAUACAUUAGGAUUUGGUCAUUGUAAAGAUUAAGACUGUCUCAUGUAUGCGAAUAUUAGUACAAGUAUGUAACUUUGUGAAAAACAUUUGUAAAAAUUAUCUAGCAAAAAAGAAGUCGAAGAAUUAAAAAGAUAUAAAGCUCUUUUACAUAUAUCAAAAUAAAUUGGAUUCCAUAAUGAAUGUUAAAAAUUAGAAACUUUAAUAAAAAAGGUUGAAACUCAAAAGGACACUUUAUUGCAAAUUACUUGA